AUGGACGAACUAUUUACAAAAGAAAAGGCGCUGUGUGACAUUUCCACGAGGGAGGAUUUCCAUAUAACGUUUCUUGAGUCGAUAAAAAGAGUCCAGAGCAGGCGGGUGUGCGAGGGAUUUCUCAGCAAGCUGGAGGAGGACCGCCUGGAGAUUUCAGAAACAUUUGAUUUUCUGCGAAGAUGCAUAAGCGCGGUUAUGCAGAUGCCGAUCUACAGCCUUGAGCGGCUCAAAAGAAAGUUCAGCGGGGCCAGGCUUAUAAAGUACAUGCUGGACAAGCCAAUAGAAUACACGCAGAAGGACGAGGCGCUCCUCUACCAGAUUGUGGAGACGUUUGAUGUGCGCUGGGACGAGGGGGGUGCGGCGGGGAUGCCCACGGAGGUUGUCCAGCUGAGCGUGUUUUCGCACCUUGCAAAAAGAUCAAACAUGACGGACCUAGAAAUAGAGUCGGUUUUCAAGCUGGUGUGUCUGCUGAAAGUGCGGAGGCCGCACCGAAGACAGGAGUAUCUGGAGCACAUUGUGGACCUGGCGUGCAGGGAAAUAGAGAACGUGUCUUUCAUGCAAAGGCUGAAGGCCGAAAUAGACGACAGCUGGCCGUAUGAAAAAACAAAUCCAGCGCAAAAAGUUCUUCUGGCGCUAACACAGAAAGAGGUCUGCCCGUACGAGAACUUCAUAAACAGAGAAAUAGACGUGCACAUUGUUUCACCGUUUUUUAUUCGCGACAAAGAAACAGUAUACAUGUUGCCUGUUAUAUUUUGCAUACAGAGCACGCUUGUAGAGAAAAACUUGCUGGAGAGCGCGGCCGAAAGCGGCUUUAUGCGGUGCACGUCGAUCGGCUGCCAGAAAAGGGUGAACGUCGAGCACGUGCGGUACUACCGCAUGCACAGGAUGCGGAUAGACGCAGAGAUGGACAAGAUAAUGAGCGAGGCGCUGAGCCACCAAAUAAAGGGAGGCAGCCUGGUGCCCGAGGGGGUCAUGCACAUGAAGAAGUACAAGACAAACAGGUAUCUGCAGUAUGUCGUCAACAUCAUCAAGAAGGUGGAAAAAAAGCCCGUGAAAAACAUGAAAGACAUGCGGGUGUACUUUGACGCACUGAAGCACUUCUACAUGCACGGGGAGAACGAGGAGUAUGUGCUGAGCCUUGCAAAGGCUGCGUGCCAAGAAAGUGUGCCUGCAAAAAUAGUGACAACCAUAAACAUCCUGUACUCGGUUGGCGGGUCAAAAAAAGUUGCGUUUGCAGGGGCGCUGCUGUGCCACGAGCUCAUAAAAAAGAAAAACUCGCAGUACAUCCACACCAUAGUGCAUGCGAUAGGGAAGAAGCACAGGAAGCACUUUCUGGAGGCGAAGAAGCUGAUUUUAGACCACUUUCUGUACAGGUCGAGCGAGAGCGUUGCAGACGUGCUUGAGAGCCUGCACCGGCUCUACGGAUACGACACAAAAAAAGACUUUCUAGAGCAGGAAAAGUACUUCCUUGCGCCGCGCCUGUGGCAAAAGGACUUGAUAGACGAGUACUACGCAGACUCGCCAAGCAUAUCGAUAUACUGUGCGGUGUAUGUGUACCAGACAAAGAAGGAGGCGCUGAGGGACGCCGAGCACAUGGAGCACAUGCGAAGAAUGGUGUGCGAAACCGGGCCGGAGGCAGUUGCAACAAUAUGCAUAUCGUUGGCCAGGCCCUUGGAUCUGUUUGCAGAGUGCGGCAUAGACGCAAGAAAGGUGCUGCAGGGGUUUUCUCUUAUGUCGGUUCUGUUCACAACGCGAAGGAUACUCGAGGACAGGGUGGUCCCGAUAAACAGCUGUAUAUUCAACUUUAUGUGGAUGGUCGCCGACGCUCUGUACGAGAAAAGAGCGCCGACGCUGAACGAGGUCCAGGAAAUCAUUUUGUUUCUGGUGCACACCGGGCACGUGACGGGAAGCCCCGAGUGCUGCAGCCUUGAGUGCGGAAAGCAGAAGUUUUUCGGCGAGCUGGUCAGAAAAACGCACAAGCACGACCUCAUCCAUUGCAGAUACAUGAUGGCCCACGAGCUAACCGAGGGCCAAAAGAAGGAGGUUGAAAGUGUGCUGGGCGAGGAAAGCGCGCUCUACAUCGAAAAAAUCUCCUCGCUUGAGGAGGCCGCGCUCAAGGUCUAUCCGUAUCUGAAGCUGACGCCGUUUUUUGCCUUCCUCUCGAUAAAAAAAAUGCUUCCCUGGGUUCUGAGCGCCUCGCACGAAGAAAUACAAAAACUGGCGCGGGGAAACUGGGCGUGCUGCAGGCUGCUGAUUGUUUCCCUGUGCCGGAUGUACGCAGACUCGAAAGAGCCACAGGUGCUCGAGGCGCUUUCGCGCUUUGGGCUCCGCGUGGUCGACGCCUUGGAGGAGGAAAGCGAGGAAACCCGGGCGCUUUCCGACAACGCUGCGCGCCUGAUAAACAUGGAGCACAAGAAAAAGGCAGAGAUUGUGGAGUUUUUCAUUUCUGGCACACUUAUCCCAAUAUACUACGAGACGCUGGAUGACCUUCUGCUGUACAUUAUGCAGGAGCUGCUGAGGGACACAAAGGUCGCAGGCCUGGCCAAGGAAAGCGAGUUUAUCACGAGGCUGCAGUCGUCCAAGUACACGAUAGAAAUAGAGCCGCCGCGGGCGCGCAGCCAGGAGGCGCCCAGCGGGUACCGAAGAGGGGUGUCGCACGUAAGCUUUCUUACGGGCGUCAUAACAGCGUUUUCGCAAACCCCAGGCAUCGACAAGAUUUUUGGCGUGCUGGGAACUUCGCAGGCGGUUCUCAACAUCAUCACCUGGAAGAAGUGGGUGCAUCGGCACAAGAUGGCGCUCCUGCAGUUCUACUUUUUCAUAAUGGUGUACUCCAUGAAGCCUCUGCACACCGAAACCAUACGAGCCCAGUUUGUUCCAAUUUUCAGCGACGUAAAGGAGGGCGUGCUGGUGGACUCUGACAUUCUGAGGUGCAUUAUCUCGUGCAGCCUGAGCAUGGACGGCGUGUUUACAACCGAGGAGCUUCUUCUGUGCAGCAAGUACAUUCAAGACCGACAGGCCACGAUCAGGCUGCUGGAGGAGCAGAUGAGGAGCGCCCAAAGCGCCGAGGAGAGAGACCGCAUACUUUCUCUGAUACAGGAGGAGUAUCUUACGCUCAAGAAAAAGGACGAGGUGUUUGGGAUAAACGCCGCAAUCAGCAAGCUGUCGCCCGUAAACAUUGCAGCUGAGCUGAAAAUAAACGACGAGCACGCAAACUACAUGUAUCUUACGCGGGAGAUACUGCAGAAAAACACAAAGGUGCUGGACGAAAGCGCAAAGUACAGGGAGCUGUUUGAGUCGUUUGAGGGGCAGGCGCUUGGCGCCGAAGACAUUCUUAAGCAAGCGGAGGAGUCCAUACAGCAGUGGAGCCACACGCCUCCGCUCAGCACGUUUGGAAAAGACCCCGACGCUUUCAAGACGUUUCUGAUAGAUGUGCAUAUGCUGCAGGACAGCAAAAUACUCCAGAAAAAGCCUCUUCCUGCGGCGCUGGAAAUACUUCGAGAAAGGCGGGAGGGCGCGCGCACGUAUGAUUCUCUGCGGGUUGCAGAAAUCCACCGGUACAUGCUGUCUGCGCUUCCAGCGUGCGCAGAGGUCGUGCAAGCGGAAAAGGACGCGCUCCUGCACGGCGUAAGAAUGGCGAGAAAGUCCGGGAAGUGCGAGCUGUCUGAGAAGCUUCUGAUCCGCCUGAUCCUCAAGGACGACUGGAGAGUGUUCUACGAAAAAGCAAAGCUGCACCUUCUGAAAAACAACAAAACGCUCGCCAAGCAGGCGCUCCAGAGGCUUAUGGAGAGCAUACCCGAAGACAGCGAGUACCAAGAGAAAGCUGUUCUCCUAAACACCGAGAUAGAAACGUCCGAGGAAAUAUACGAAAAGGCGCUGGCGCAGAUAAAAACAAACGAGAGGCUGUACUUCAGCUACGGGAAGUACCUCGAAAAGAAGCACCCAGUGCAGGCGUUCAAAAUGUUUUGCCGCGCGCUUGAGUGCGGGAAUACAAAAGCGCCAGAAAUUGUGCCCAGCCUGAUCCACUAUGUCACAGACACAAGCAGCACAAAAAGCAAAAAAGAGGAAAUUUCCAUAUGCGUGGUAGAGCUGAAGAAAGCCUUCCAAAACGUGGACGUGAAAAUGUUCCGGCGGUUUUAUGUCCAAAUACUCAGCAGGGUUCUGCACCGGGAAAAGGCCGUGGAGGAUCUGCUCAUCGAAAUGGCGCUGAAGCUGAUUGCCGCUUUUCCGGAAGAGUUUGCGUGGAGGACGCUUUCUUUGUUCAAGAACAAAAAGAACACGGCCAUACACGCCCUUGUGGACCGAGCGCCUUUUUCCUUCAGAAAGCUGUUUUCAGACGUGAUAGACUUUGCAGAGAUUCUUAGCAAAAUCAGCAUGUAUCCGGCAGGAAGCGGCAUAACGCACCUCCCGUCGAUACUGGGGGCAUCUGUGUGCCUGGAGAAGAGCGCGCCCAUACCUGCGCCGUUUGGAGACUUUUUGUCCGAAAUUAUUUCUGUCUCCGACACGGUUUUUGUGUUUGCCACUAUCCAGAAGCCAAAGAAAAUACAGACGCUGACGUCGACGGGAUGCUACAAGUCGUUUUUGUGCAAGGCAAACGACGACCUGCGGAAAGACGCAGGCUUCAUGGAUCUGAACAUGCUGCUAAACUCUUUGUUCCAAAGCGACAAUGAGUACCGGGCGUUUGGCAUCCGGGUGUACACGGUCAUCCCCAUAACAGGAAAGAUUGGCAUACUGGAGUUUGUGGAAAACCUGCACACGCUGAAGCACAUAUGCGACAAGCUGUAUGCCGAAAAGGGGAUAUAUGUGAAGGAGAUUGGGAAGGAGCUGGGCUUUGUCAAGAAGAUCAGCACGCUGGGAAAGGGUCUGAGGCCGCUUCUGCAACGGGUGCCGCCUGUUUUCUCGCAGUACUUCCUGAGGCAGUUUACACAUCCUGUCGAGUGGCUGCUUUCGCGAAAGAGAUACACAAUAACGUAUGCGGUUAUGAACGCGGUGGGGUACUUUAUGGGCCUGGGCGACCGGCACUGCGAGAACAUUUUGUUUGACGAAAAAACGGGAGAGACCGUGCAUGUGGACCUGAACUGCAUAUUUGACAAGGGGCAGAGCCUGCUGGUGCCUGAAACCGUUCCGUUUAGGCUUACGCAGAACAUAAUAGACGCGUUUGGGCCAACAAAGGAGGAGGGGCAGUACAGGCUUGCGCUGGAGCGGGCUCUUAAGUUUCUGUCCGUAAACAGAGACCUGCUCGUGGCCAACCUGCUGGGAUUUGUGCACGACCCGCUUGGAGAGUGGACAGGAAGAAAUAACACAAAAACAGCCAUCCAAAUAAUCGACAGGACGAAGUCAAAGAUAGACUUUGAGGACGAAAUAACAAAGUCCUCCAUGCUCAUAGAAGCCAGCACGUGCCUAGAGGCCCUGGGGAAAAUGUAUGUGUGGUGGCUCCCCUUUAUAUAG